UUCUCCAUCGGCAUCGAUCGACCAAAGCAGCUGCAUAUUAAUUAAAAAUGUCGUCAUCGAUCGGAAAAUGUGAUACCGUCGUCUCGCUUCCACCGGGAUUCCGGUUCCACCCGACUGACGAGGAGCUCAUCCUCCACUACCUCAAGAACCAGGCCGCCGGCCUCCCCUGUCCGGUCCGGAUCGCCGCCGAGAUCGACAUAUACAAGUUGGACCCAUGGGACCUACCCGAGAAGGCGGUUUACGGGGACCGGGAGUGGUAUUUCUUCAGCCCGCUGGACCGAAAGUACCCGAACGGCGUCCGGCCGAACCGGGCUGGGUUGUCGGGGUACUGGAAGGCGACCGGGACUGACCGGGCGGUGUUGACGAGCCAAGGGAAGGUCAAGAUCGGGGUGAAGAAGACGCUGGUGUUCUACAAGGGCAAGAACCCGAAGGGGGCGAAGACGGAGUGGAUCAUGCAAGAGUAUCGACUUGCUAACGACGACGAAGACGACGACGACGACGAUUCAUUAAUUGGAAGACCCAAGAACAAUUUUGGACCAUUUAAUUCUUCCAUGAGGUUAGAUGACUGGGUUCUUUGCCGGAUCUACAAGAAGAGCAGCCAGCAGUUUUCAGUAGCCGAUACGGAGAGAUCAGGAGACUCGGUGACAUCGCGUAUGUUCAGAUGUUCGCCGGAGAUUCCCGGAGCGGCGGACUCGGCUGGCUUUCCUGCAGUCUUGCACCGAGAUUUCGACGACGACGGCAACGUCGUCGUCCCUGCUAAUUGGUUGGCGGAGGAUUCGGCUAGCUCGAAGCGGAGGAGGGCGUCAAAUAAUGGUGGGUUUAUUCAUGAAGGGAUCAGUGAGGGUUCCAGGAGAUCGACGGUCGGUAAUCAGUUGGAUGCCAUGUGCCAGUCUGCGUUGAUGCAGCAGUUGAUGAUGAAUCUGGCAGUGAGCUUGGGCUUGCACUGAAUUAACUCUGUGGCCCUGUCCUGCAUCAAAUCUCCAAUAUUUUAGGAUCUCACUUGCAAAGAGAAAUAUUAAAUUACAGUGAGAAAUAAUUUGGGUUUAGAUGUUAGGUUUUUUUUACGUCGACCACUCCGUAACUUGUUCAUUAUUUUAGUUGGGGGUGUAUUUUAUUUAAAUUAUCAUAUAUAAUUUUGAUUAUAUGAUUA